CAUAACAUGUCAAAAUGGGGUGUUUCCAGCAAGGUACACAUCGCGUGUUUAUUUUUUUAUUUAUUAUUAUUAUUUUUUUUUUUUGCAAGUAAGAAAGCCUGUAAAAAACCACACGACUGCUUGCCCAUGUACACGGACUAGCAGCGUCAUCGGCGAGCUUCCCGCCACAAGACUCAAAUGCGGUUAAGACGAGACAGAGAUGCCUCUAUGCAUUUUGUCCAUGGUGCAGAGAUGGCACUGCGUGGCUGUGGCUGACAAGGUGUGCACUUGUGGAAGAGGUAUGCAGCACAGCCAGUGCAUGAAUAUAUUUUUUUUUCAAUAUUUUAGCCCAAAGUUAGUUACGAUAUACAGUAUACAGAGAGUGUGUACAUAUAGAGAAAGGGUUCAAGGCUGCAUCUUCAGCCUGAUAAAGAAUAUAUAAUCGGGAGUGAGAGAGUGGCAUACUCAUCACCAAAUGAAAUGCAAUUUUCUGUUCGCAUGACCUUCACUGCAUCCUCCAGCUCAGUGAGGCCUGCAUUCCAUGUGACAGAGUAAAAACAAGCUUUUGGCAUGUUCACUCCGACACCUGUCAUAUUAACUAGGCACAAGUGAAAUGUUUUCAGGGUGCAGACAUUGGACACAGAACAUUCUGAAGGCCAUGCACUCAUAUUCUCUCAUUUCAUUUGUUGACUGCAUGUGCAGUCUUUUCCAUUAUGUGGGCGACAAAAUUUGAUUGCAUGCUUAUAUGAAGGUCUAACACUGUCCUUGGUGGUCUCAUUUUUAUAGGGACACUAAAGGCAAAUAUAAAGUCAAUGUGGACUGUUAAAAUGCCAUUCCAAAAACCUCGCAGCACUUGUUUCAGGUCAAUGUAGGACUUACUUUGAAAGAAAAUUUCAUCUGAAGGGUCCACAUACCUCUAGCGCAAGUCAAAUCGCUCAGUUCUGAGCUGGGAGUGGUGAUGUUUCAUAAGCCAUCACUGCCCUUUACUGCCUUUAGAGAGUAAAAUGGCACCCGACAACUGGUGCUACGGUUUCUUGCGCAAAACACAAAAGCGUGGCCAGAAUGGCCAGAAACCAAGCUAAGACAGAGCCGACAGUGGGAAAGAAAAACCUAAAGCGCACAUUGAACCAUAAACACAAUCUUUGACGCUCGUCACGAUGGGCCUCAUUCCCUGCUGCUUGCAGUUUUUGCAAGUUUCAUGAGCCAGCAAAACCAGUGCAACACUAUGCGAAAACGAAACUACUGAAAUGUGGAAAUAUGGGUCGUGCAGAGUUGAGUGAAAACUAAACCUGUCGACUGCCCGCAUCUUUGUCAAGGGUAACGCCAAAGGUAUUUUUUCUAAGAAUUGACCACUUGCAGAAGUACGACUGCGCAUGCGCCAAAACCGGCACGUCAUGAGCGCCAUCUUCUUGGUUGGAAAACAAACGGCGCAGCUCGGGCAGCCCUCGGUAGCGUCGUGGUGGGAGAAGUCAGUGUAACGUGCCCCACGAGGCUGCGAGCGCGACAUGCCGGCUAACUGCGUCGCUUUCGGCUGCAGGAGCUACUACUAUGGAAAGGGAAACACUAAUUUCUUUAGAUUUCCAUCCGCGAGAGUUAGUGCAGAUAGGAGAAGUUUGUGGACGGCAGCGGUAAAGCGGUUGAACCCGGACGGCACGCCGUGGCAGCCAACGGCGCAUUCGAGGAUCUGUGGUGCGCAUUUCAUCACAGGCCGGCCGUCGAAAUGCGCUACUCACCCCGACUACGUGCCUAGCCUGUUCACAUACAGGAGAGCUGGCAGUGACGCCGAUGUUCGGCGGCACGACCGUGCCGCGCAAAGGCGGGAGCGCAAACGGGCUUCUGCUACAGCUUCUGAAAGCAGCGAAGUGGACCCCGGGACUGUACAAGGGAACGCCCAGCCUCUUGCAGUCAUUCAGGAAGCCGAGGUGCCCAUUCAACCCUCUGGUAGUGCAGCAGGGCCCACGCAGAACACGCCUGAACCAAAUCCGCUAGGAAGUGGUGAAGGUGACAUACAAAUGGAUCUCGCUGGAGAAGACACAGCUCCUGUGACAUUACAAACAUCAGUGAUUGGUUCCCAGGCGAGCACCAGCACCGGCACACAGAGGGAAACAGCAUUGCUUCACCAAAAAAUUGCUUCGUUAGAAAGAAGAAAUAUGUGGCUUGAGAUGAAGCUUGAUGAAGCAAAUUCAAGAAUACUCACUUUAAAUACAAUUCGGCUUUCAGCUAAGAAGUGCACCUUCUAUACGGGGCUGCCUAAUUAUGGUGUUUUCCGAAGCCUCUUCGAAUACUUUGAGCCCCGAGCCAGCAAAAUGUCCUACUGGGGGGCAGAAAGGAACAUAAAAAGCAAAGUCCCUGGCCGGCCAAGGGAACGCGAACUCGAAGUAGAGUUCUUCAUGGUGCUUGUGCGGUUAAAAACUGGCAUGCCUGGUGAAGAGGUUGCUCGCAACUUUUUAAUGUCCACAAGCCAUGUCAGUCGCAUUUUUGCUACCUGGGUUAAUUUCCUUGAGCACGAGUUGGAAGCACGAAUGCAAAUGCCGACAAGGGAAAUGAUAGCGCCACACCUCCCAGGAUGUUUUCGAGGUUUUGAAAAUACUAGGUUGGUGCUAGAUGCAACGGAAGUUCGUAUACAGCGGCCGUCAUCCCUCAGUGCACAGCGGCAAACAUUUUCGACUUAUAAACAUUACAAUACUUAUAAGGUGCUUUUGGGCUGUACACCGGAUGGGUACAUUGCAUAUGUGUCACGUCUUUGGGGAGGAUCGGUCUCUGAUAAGACCAUGCUUCAGUGCAGUGGGCUUUUGGACCGUAUGGAUCCGGGAGACGCAAUAAUGGUGGAUAAGGGGUUUACAUUUCCUUAUUUACCACCAGGAAUCACGGUUUUCCGACCUCCAUUCCGCGAGCAACACGAGUCCCAGAUGACGCCUGAAGCUGUUGAGCGUACACGUCGCAUCGCAUGUGCAAGAGUUCAUGUUGAACGUGCGAUAGGACGCAUAAAAACAUUCCAAAUAUUAAGCAAACCUUUCCCGAUUAGCAUGAUUGACAUUGCAGAGCAAGUGUUUAGGGUGUGUUGCUUUCUCUGCAAUUUCAAACGACCACUGAUAAAAGACAUUGAGUGA